AUGGACAGAUUGGGCUAUACAGAGUCACAUACGAUUGCGAUACCUGAACCUUAUUCACAAACUGAAGUCACUGGUAGUGAUAGACAUAAUCAACAGACACUCACUAGCCGUCACCGUUUUGCAAGAGGAAACUCCUUCAAUAUUGGGCCUCAAAAACGAAAGUCACGAGCAAAGUCUAAUGACAGAUAUCUGAUUCCUGGACAGCGUGUUGUGGAAGGUCACCACAACUAUGUCAUGGCAUAUAAUAUGAUUACUGGCAUUCGGGUCGCUGUAUCCAGAUGUUCAAAGCUUCCAGGGCCUAUUAAGGAUGAGGAUUUUACGAACGUUUCCAAACUAAUUUUCGACAUGGAAGGAAAUACCAUGACACCAUCUACAAAAUAUGAAUUUAAAUUUAAAGACUAUGCACCCGAAGUGUUCCGUCACCUGCGUAGCAGGUUCAAUAUUGAUCAAGCAGAUUAUCUUCUGUCCCUAACGGAACGCGUGAGUUUGACUGAGUUAGGCUCUCCAGGGAAAAGUGGAUCCUUCUUCUACUAUUCGAGAGAUUACAAGUUUAUCAUCAAAACUAUUCAUCACUCAGAGCAUAAGCAUCUUCGCAAAUGUCUCAAGCAAUACUAUGAGUAUGUGGAGAAAAACCCCCAAACAUUCAUCUGCCAGUUUUACGGCCUACACCGUCUCAAAAUGCACUUCACCACAGGAAUUCACAAAAUUCACUUCUUGGUGAUGAACAACAUAUUCCCUCCACAUAGAGACUUGCACGAAAAGUUUGAUUUGAAAGGGUCAACGCAUGGACGUUUUACCGAUGUAAGUGCCGCCAAAGCUCAAGGAAAGACGUCGAUAGUCCAAAAGGAUCUUAAUUGGCUGCAAGAUCAUCAUCGACUCAAUUUUGGGCCCACCAAACGCAAGCAAAUUGCAAACCAACUAAAAAACGAUGUCCAGCUUCUUGAAGCGCUAAAUAUUAUGGACUACUCAUUUUUGAUCGGAAUACAUGAUUUAACUCUUGCGACGCAGCACGAUCCCUACAACCAGCUACCAAACUUUGAUCCUCCUGAAAUACGACAACAAUCUGCUUCUACAGCAUCUGACGGGUACUUUGAUAGUGAUGGUGGUAUUAGAGCGACAGACGAGCAAGACAAUGAGCUACCUAUUGUGUAUUAUAUGGGAGUCAUCGAUUGCUUAACCAACUAUUCGACUUUCAAAAAGCUAGAAACAUUUUUCCGCACAUUGAAUCAUAGGCGCGAGACCAUCAGUGCUGUACCCCCAGUCGAAUAUGGGCAACGGUUCCUUAGAUUUAUAGAGACUGCCAUGAAGCCUACAUGCAAGUCCGCCUAG